AUGUGCAACCAGCUCAUUGGUUCUUGCACUGGCUUGAUCUGCAUACACAGUCUUUAUGUCUACGACAAGAUUCGAGAGAAUUCGCUUUUUUUCUGGAACCCUGCUACCAGGUUGAUAUCUAAAAAGUUAGGGAUCUUUCAUGGUAAUGUCGACUCUACCAAUUUCACCUUUGGCUAUGAUUAUUCAACUAACACUUACAAGGUGGUGUGUUUUGAAUUGGAGAGUGGUAGAAGAAACUCACAAGGAAUUCUAGUGAAAGUUUUCACCUUGGGUGAUAAUCUUUGGAGGGACAUACAACGUUUACCUGUGGAUGUGAUUACUCUCCAUAGUAGAUUUCAUAAUUCGAAUGAUGGAGUGAAUUUGAAUGACACUCUCAACUGGAUAGCACUUCAUGAUAAUCACACUCAGUUUUAUGAUCCAGAGGUUGUUACUGUUGAGAAAUUUAUGAUUCUUUCUCUUGAUUUGGCUACGGAGAAAUACUUCCCUUUGUAG